UAAAAAUAUUGUACAUGUUUUAUUUUUGCCGGAAAAAAAUUAUAAUGAAUUGUCAGAGGUGGCCCCUCCUAAUUUACACAACUAAAAAUACUAAUUGAAAUUCGAGAUACUCUAAUUGAAUGAAUGUUUAUUUUCUGUUUUAUAAAUUUUUCAAUUAUUUUAAAUGCGUUAUAAAGGGAAAAACGGAUUUCAACGAUUUUGCCCAAUUUUACCGCCAUGAUGCUGUAGUCAUGGUGGACAAUCGGGCUCGCCGUUGGUCGAACUUUAACUCGUUUCGACAGUGGUGAAAUAGCUGACACGUUGAGACUCGAUCGGUUAUAAAUGUUGUAGAAAAAUUCAUUUAGAUUUCUCUUUUUUUAAAUUAUUUUAAGCCGUCUGCUUUCAACAUGUUCAGGAGCAAAGCGGACGUUGAUCGGCACGUCCACAAUGUCCUUCGUAAAGUGAAAAAUGAUAAAGAGCGAAAUUUGCGAUGCUGUAGCAUUGCACAGCUUUACUACAAAUUGCAAGAUUAUGAUUCGGCGAAACGAUUUGUGACAAUGUACCUGUCUGAGAAACCCGACUCAGCCAUUGGAUACAAACUUUUAGGCCAAGCUUGCGAAGGCCUGAAUCAAAUUAAUAACGCUUUGACAGCUUACAAAAAGUCAUUGCAGUUGGAGGCUAAUCAAAUGGAUCUGGUGCUUAAAAUAUGUGAUUUGCUCUGUGAUAAAGAUGUGGAAUUUGAUUCAGCGAUGGCUAAGUAUUGGGUUGAGAAGGCAUCUCAAUUAUUUCCGCACGAACCUGUUGUUUUUAAACUCAAGGAACGGUUGCUAACAGCCAAUAUGAACGGAACGUCUAAUGAUUUAGAGGGUCUUUUACUCGCUGAACUAAAAGCUAGGCCGAAUGAUGUUAACAUCAGAAUAAAAUGGCUGAUGCUUCAAGUAGAUUCCGGACGCAUUGUACAGGCUUACAACCACACUCUUGAAAUAGAGUCUAGACAAGUCCACAGCAACUGCCUUGCUUGGUAUCAGUGCGUUAAUCACGUAUGCAAGGUAUAUUCUGAGAAAAACACCAGCAAAUGCGAUUGGAUUUUUUAUAUCCAUUGGUUUUGCUCCCUCAACCGGAUUUGUGCCCUUACAUUGAGUGAAGUCGCUCAAAAUACAACUGAAAUCACAGAAUGUACAGAAGCAGUUUUCAAUUUAGAUCAAAUCCUGAAUCAGGCAUACAAACAAAUUGUGAAAGCGCCAGAAAUGUACAACGAAUUUUUGAAGCACGUUUCAGCCCAACUGGCCUUCUACUUGGCAUUACUGCUAAUGAAACAAGCCAAAAAGGAAAAUUCAAUCUGGAAGGAUGUAAAAAAAGCUCUAGGGCCUCUUUUCUUGCUUGCAACUGUCGAACCUCCAAGCUGUGAUGCUGUUUGGUGCCUCUCACUCAAAGAUUCACAUAGGAAACUUGUCGGGUAUUGGUCACACGAAGGAAUGUGCAGGCUUGUUCAAGCCACUCAUGUUCUCAAGGCAAUGAGCCAAGAAUCGCAGACUCAGAAAACAUUUAUUGACAAGAUAAAUCAUUACACGACAAGUGACUGGAGAGGACAAAUCUAUAAAGCAUAUGUUUCUGGCAGGGAUGAUCAACAAAUGAGUUCGUUUUUUGUGAAUUCCAACGUGUUUGUUAAAAUUCCUCAGUCAUUUCCAUCAUUAGAUAAUUUGAAAAAUUCUUUAUGCAGUCGUUCUUUUGAGGUGCACUACCCUCGAAGUUUACAUCAUUUAGUUUGGUUAGGACUUCAAUCGAUUGAAAAUCGUGGCCAGAUUUUGUCUUGCAAACUAUCCUCGACAAUUCCUUUAAAUUCUUUCAAAUCGCUUCAACUCACUGUGAAAAAUUUACAAAAUUGUGGAGUUGAAUCACUUAAUCAGCUAGAUGUUGAAUCAUUCCUAUAUACAUCAAUUUUCUCAGUAAGCGCUCUUCAGGAUGAGACCAGUGGUUUUUCUGGCUUUAUCAAACCGGCAAUACUUCCUGCAGAUAUUUCUUCACUCCUUUGCACACCAGAGCAAUCUAAAUGGUGGAGUUUUGCUUGUGGUGUAAAAUCAGGUUCUCACAAUACGGGAGGAAACAAAAUGUCAGAAUUACGACACAUCCUUCAGAAGGGUAUCCAGAUUGUGAGGGGAGAAGAUUUACCAUUGCCCCUUAUUAUUGUUUUAGCAAGAACAUUCGCUUUUAGGGCAGAAGAAGCCGAGAAAAUUGAAGAAGCUGAAGCUUGUGACAACAGAGCUUUGUAUCUAUGGCAGAAAGCCUGCCAGCAGUUGGAACAGUAUGAAUCAAAGGAAGGGUUCAGGCAAAAAUUUAACACUAGUAAUAAAAUGUUUGAGUAUCCUAAUAAACAGCUGUCUAAUGUUGAGGUGGCUAAAUUACUGAAUGAAGGUCGCUAUUUUAUCGGCUGUUAUUACAUGAAAAUGGAACAGUUAGAACAGGCUGUCGAAUUGCUAAAACCAAUCAAAACAGUUGAUGCCACUUACCGUCUGGCGGAGAUAUAUCAUUCGUUAGCAGAGGAACAGAUAUCGGGCUUUCUGCCGAGUGAAGUAACCCCAGAAGUUUGCAAUCGCCAGAAAGCACUUCUAAACAAAGCUAAGGAUUAUUGCGUUGCGGCUAACGAUAUGAUUAGAAAUGUCCAAAAUCAUCCUUUCCAAGAUAGAAUCGAUUCCAAACUUAGUGAUAUUAAAGAACUCGUGUCACAAAUUGAUGAAGGAGUUGUAGAAAAAGACACUUUGGGAAAUAUUUCAUUUUUAAGCGAGUCGAGUCAUAUUAAUGACACAGUUCAUUCUCCAGUCAAGUUCCAAAAUAUUAGCAGAAACAUAAAUGCAAGUACUCCAAGUCGCCGAAGUUAUGAAACUAAGCACAGACCUAAUUGUGCAGAUUUAGUAGAGCUAGUUAGCCUUCAACAAAGCAACAGUCAGUUAAAAAUGCAACAAGUUUUGGAACAGACCAGACUAGUUUUAAACAGAGUUGAGACUGUUAUGUUUGAACUCACGACUAAAUUCAACAAUCUGGAAACAGAAGUGAAAAGUUCAUUAUCUGAUAUCAAAAAGGAGGUGAAAAAAUCUGAUAUUUACAAUGUAUUGGAUGAAGAAGAUUAUAAUGAUGAAAUGCUUCAGUGCAAUUAUCCAACAACACCGUAUUAUCAAACACAUCAGAGGCCAGUACAAAAUAAUCAGCACUUUGCAUAUUCUAAUACAAACGUUACAGCACCACCAUAUAUGGGGCAAAGACCUCCAGAACAAAUGUAUCAAAAUAAUAUGGGAUUUUUACCAUAUUCAGACCAACAUCAGCAACAACAAGGCCUUUCGGAAUUUUUCACGAGACCCGGUUGUCCUUUUCCAACUCAGAUUCUCAAUCAAAAGCUUCAACAGCCGAUUCAGAAUCCUGUAGGUGUGCCAGGAGUGCCAUCUGUUGCUUCUUUGACACAGGGCUUGGCUGGAAGUUCUUUGACAGCUUUGCCAGGAAGUCAUUUACAACCUCUUACAACAUUAAGUCUAGGCCAAACAUCUGUACAAUCAAACCCUACUUUUCCACAAACAUUACCGAAAUUUCCAGUCCUCAAUGCAUCUCAACCAAGUGACCGUGGCCCAACUAAUGUGGUGAUUACGACUUCAGAUACAUUGCCAACAGGGAUACCUCCUGUUCAACCGAUGUUGAGCGUCACUAUUCCACCUCAACAUAGAUUAGGCGACACAUCUGUUCAUAAUUAUCAAAUACCAUUACCUACUAGCUCUGCGCAAGCAGUAAAUCCCCAACAUGCACAAUCAGAAGUGGAAUCUGAUGAUGAAACAAUUGUCAAUACCUCAAAUCAGCGGUAUGACCCAAUGCCCGUCACUUCAUUUGGUCAAAUCUCUCUGGCAACCGAAGAAGCAAAUGAGGAAGUCCUUUUUAAUUCUAAUGCAGUUUUGUGCAGAUUUGUUGAAGGCUCAUGUAAAGAGAAAGAAGAAGGAGUUAUUAAAAUUUUGAAGGGGAAGGCUGAAAAUAAAGCAAGGAUUUUAAUGAGAAAGAAUAAGGAUCACAAAAUCUGUGCUAAUCAUUUUAUUACUGCCGACUUGACACUGACCGUUUCUUCUCCUAAUUCAUGGAUUUGGAGUGCUCAAGAUUUUACUAAAGGGCCGAUGCAGUUGGAACAAUUGUGCGUACAAUUUAAAACAAAAGCUGAAAGUGAGCAGUUUAAAAUGGUAUUUGACAAAGUUAAAAAUACGUUGCACAAAGAAAAAAGUGAUCAGUCAUUUAGUGCAACUCUGAUGACUUCUACUCAGUCAACUAAUUCUUCAUUUAAUUCACCGAGCAGUUUUACUACACAAUUUCCACUAAAAACGACCACACCUGUUUUUACACCACCAAAGUUGAAGCUUCCCCAAAGUCUAGAAAAAUCUUCAGAGAAGAAAGAAGAAUCAUUUUCAUCGAGCACACCAGAGAAACACAAUGUUGGAGGAUUCAUCUUUUCAGCCCCGCCAACAAUUAAAUCACAAGAUAAACAAGAAAAACCUGUGACAACUACACCAGCAGAAGAAAAGAAAUCUAAUGCGUUUGUGAAUUUUUCUUUCAAGCAGAGCCUUUUUUCUUCGCCUCCUUCAAAGGGGGUUGAUAGCGAAGUAAAAGAUAAUAAUACACAGCAACCAAGUUCUUCUAAGAGUCAGUUCUCAGUUGUAAAUCUUAAAAGUUCUUCUCUUUCUAAUGUUGUUCCUACCUACAGUGAAAUUAAAAAACCGGAAACCACGCUCAGCAGUACAUCACCAGCUGAAAGCAAAUCUAUUUCUGGACUUUCAAAGAUUAAUCUUAGCGAAAUCAAACCCCCUCAAACUUCAUUUUUGUUUUCGGCUAAUCAACCCACCUCAUUUGAGUGUGCAAAUCCUUUUGCAAUAGAUACGAAGAAACAAAAAACCACUGUUAAUACAUUUCUAUCUAAACCAUUUGCUGAACAGCAAAAUACUCAAUCUAAUUUUAUGUCAAAGCCAUCUGAUGACACUACUAGAAAGCCUGAUACUACAUUUGAUCAUUUAUUUUCAAAGAAACUAGAACAAAAGAGUACUGAAACAGCUAUAUCAGAUAAAAACUCCGAUCAGUCACAAAAAAAUCAAUCUGAAAGUGGAUCAAAUGCAUUCACUAAAGAUGUGAAAGAUUUUGACACUCUUUCUAAAAACAUUAUAGAUUUCAGUUCUCUGGCAAAAAGUAACCAAGAGAAAGGCUUUAAUUUCGCCGGUUCCUUGAGGACAGGAAUUCCUGAAGCAGGGUCUAAAGUAUGGGGUGGAUUUCAAAAAUCGACUUCAACAUUCCAAGCGUCAGGUGAUGGAAACAAACUUUUCAGCAGUAGUAAUCUUAAUACAUCUACCGGUAAUGAAGUAUCCGAUGACGGUGACCAAGGAGAGUACAUUCCCACUGUCGAGUUUAAACCAGUAGUAGACAUGCCUGCUGAAAUUGAAGUGGUGAGCGGGGAAGAAAACGAGAUAGUAUUGUUUGAAGAACGAGCUAAACUAUACCGGUUCGACCUGAAGAACCACGAAUGGAAGGAAAGGGGUGUAGGCAAAAUGAAAAUACUAAAAGAUAAAGAUACCGGUGUUGUUAGGUUGCUCAUGAGAAGAGAGCAAGUAUUCAAAGUUUGUUGCAACCAUAGACUAACUAAAGAUAUUGUAUUAACAUGCAAAGGUCCAAAUAGAUACCAAUGGAUGGCGACUGAUUUCUCCGAAGAUAUUACAUCUGGGGUCAACGAAGUUUUUACCAUCAAAUUCAAGACUGAAGAACAGAAGUCAAAAUUCAAAGCUGUGUUUGAUAAAGCACAAUCAGAGUUAGAGUCUGCUUCUACUCCUUCCAAAACACCAGCUGAAGCCAAAGAAGCAGCACCCCUUUCGAUGUUAGUGAAACACAAAGAAGGAUCCUGGGAAUGUCCAGGAUGCUAUAUACGUGUUGAAGGUGACUGUGCAGAAUGUAAAGUGUGCAAAACGCCAAACCCAAGUAAACCCGCUGCUCCUAAAACAUCACAGCCCCAAACAACUGUUGAUGGGACUAAGUUUAAGUUUGGCAUUCCUCCAGCUACAACUACUUCGACAGGUAGUACAGUUGAAGUUAACAUCUGUAAACCUAAUACACCCAAAUUUUCAUUUGGAUAUGAUGCAAGUUCUACUACUGCUGUGCCAGACAAAUUCACUGUUGAUCAAGGAGGAUCAAACAAAUUUUCUUCUACUUUGGGUUUAGGUUUUAAUAAUACUGCUUCAGUCACUGAUUCGAAGCAGCCCCAAGAAAGUAAAUUCGUUUUUAAUGACAGUCAAAAAAAGGGUUUAAAUGUUCAAAGCAAUAUUUUUGGGAACACGUUCUCACGUGUGGGCACUCAAGAACCUGUCACUUUUGGAUCUCUUAUUAAAACUAACGAAGAAACCAAACCAGCUGGCAACUCAUUCUUGAACACAUCAAAUAAAUUUGGGAGCGGUAUCAGUUUUGGCUCGUCGCCUCAAUUUCAGUUUUCCAAAACUUUUAGUUUAACUAGUCCCCAAAAAGCAGAAAAUGCUGGUUCUGAUGAUGAUACAGCUAAUAAUUCAGGGGAUAUCGAAGAUGAAGGAGAACAUAUUCAAUUUCAGCCAGUGAUAGAAAUGCCAGAUAAAAUUGAAGUUGUGACUGGAGAGGAGGACGAGACUGUUCUCUUUUCAGAAAGAGCGAAACUGUUCCGUUUCGCCACAAAGGGAGGUGAAUGGAAGGAAAGGGGUGUAGGAGAUGUUAAAAUAUUAAAACAUAAAACAAAUAACACCACUCGCAUCCUGAUGAGAAGAGAAAUAGUGAUGAAGCUUUGUUUAAAUCAUUACAUAACACCAGACAUUCAAAUGGAAAGCAAGGGCAAAAAAUCAUGGAUGUGGUCUGCUCGUGAUUUCUCUGAAGGACUGUUGGCAUCAGAGACCUUUAGCAUAAGGUUCACGAAUGAAUCGAGUGCUGUUAAAUUUCACGACAUAUUUUUGGAAUGUCAGAAGUCGGCUACAUCUACUGAUUCAACCGCAUCAGCAGCUGAGCAUGAUUUCGAAGUGGUUUUUGAACUUAAAGUCCCCGAUGAUCUCAGGCAAAAAGCCCUUGCAUUACAAUUGCCUCCAAAUUUUUAUGCGUAUUUACAACGUCCAAAAUGCCCAGGCUGUGCCGGCUGUGAAUCUGAUGAUGAAAACAUAGAGUCAGACUGUGACCGUGAGCCUGGUAAUUGAGGAAUUUCAUUUGGUGGUAGGUGAAAAAGUAAAAAUUGUAAAAAAAUUUCAAUCAUUGUAACAAAAAAUGUAAGGAAGGCCUAUGAUGAUAAUUUUUCACAAAUAAAAUAUAUCCAAUAAUGUAAUAUAAAAAUUGGUGUAUUCUAUUUUCAAAAUUAACUAUUUUGAAAUUUUGACUUUUUCUCUAAUAUAAAAUUUCUUUUUACCUUGAAGAACUUAACAGUGUAGAUAUUUAAAUUGGGGUUGAAAUAUUUAUUCUUUUGUCUUUUUCAUGUUAUAGUAUUAUUGAUCUUUUAAGAAAACAAUUUUCUGUUCCGUGUUAAAAUAAAAUUAUCAUACAUUACAUUAAUUAGAAUAAUUGAGGGUUGGAACUAGAUGAAAAAAGAAUAGAUUAUUAACUAAAAAUACUGAAGAAAAAUAAAUAUUAGGACAGCCGAAAUUUCAUAAAAUAUUAAAUUAAGUGAAAAGUGAAAAUUUUUGAUGUGCUAUAAAAUUGUCUUCUGAACUUGAUGUGACGUUCCAAGUGCCUAGAUAACAUCUAGUUAUGAGAAAUCAGGCCUGUUAAGAUGUAAUUGCAAUAGAAAAACUGUUCUAUUCCAAAUGUUUUUUUAUUUAAAUAUAAGUAUUCCAGAAGAUAGCAAAUUAAUCUUUAAAAAAAAGUUUUUUGGACAGAUCUCAAAUGAUACCACAAACCAGUGGUGUAUUUCAUCAUUCAAAAGUGGAUUUAAUUUUUUUCACUGGAGUUUACGAUUUCCUUUUAUCAGCAUACAAAUACUAGGCUAGGCACUAUAGCACCCCUUCUUACAUAUUGUGGUGUUAUUUAAAAAAAAAAAA